AUGCUCUCAGUCUUCGACUGUUGUCCAUUGCACGUACGGAUUGGUGUGGCCCAUACCAGUUUUAGUAAGGACUUGCCAUAAUGUUACAUUUGUUUUCUCACAGACUUAUGCUAUGUUUUAUUAUAUGCUGUAACUCAGGGCUUGACACAAAUUUAUUUGGAAUCUAGGAGCCAGCUAAAAAAAAUUUGCAUUGCUGACUAGUAACAAUUAGUGACAGUCACUCAGACGGCCACUAAAGGUGAUUUCUAGUCCAGUACUGCACAGUGUUUAGCACCUGCGUUCAGCAUCUCCAAGCUCUGCAUGGAGGCGCUGAAUGUGCCCGAUAGAGAUGCAUUGAUUCAAUGCAUCUCAACGAGGAGAUGUGAUUGACGCAGCAUGGCAUUUGAAGCGGAUGUGCGUUAUCCUCCAAAUGCUUUCCUAUGUGUGAGAUCAUCAAGAUUGAUGAUCUCCGCGAUGACGGUGUUAUGCAAGCCAUUUAAUAUUCUCUAUGCAUGUCAUUAUUUUUUUUACACAUGCACAAUCGUAACUUCUGCAUUUUUUUUUUUUCUUUUUUAGGAAUCAGAGAGGAACUGAUUGAUCGACCCACAAACAAUGUACAGGUUGGAUGAAAGAUUUUUAAAAUAAUUAUAUUUUUACACAAAUCUACAUAAUUUGUUGGUUUACAAAACCUGUUCACACAGAUUUCCAUCUCAUUUAAGGAGUUUUGGUGGCAUUAUACACAUAAUCAACAUACUUAGUCUUUCUUCCCAUAUUUUUAUUAUAUCCUAUACUUGGGUUCUACAACUCUUGUUAUUUUACCCUUUUUAUUCAGGUUCGUGAAGAAAAUGAGCUUUCUACAGCUGCAAGGCUUGCGCAGGUGAGUGUGUGUGUGUGUGUGUGUAUGUAUGUGUGUGUGUGUGUGUGUGUGUGUGUAUAUAUAUAAUGUAUGUGUGUGUGUGUGUGUGUGUGUGUGUGUGUAUAUAUAUAUAUAUAUAUAUAUAUAUAUAUAUAUAUAUAUAUAUAUAUAUAUGUGUGUGUAUAUAUAUAUAUAUAUAUAUAUAUAUAUAUAUAUAUAUAUAUAUAUAUAUAUAUAUAUAUACACACACACACACACACACACAAAGGUAAAGAGAUGCACUCUGAGGACUUAGUAAGUGAAAAAAGGGUAAUUUAUUCUAAUAGGUAUUACAUCAAAAAUUAGCCGUCGGUUCGACCCAUUCAGGUCUUUCUUUCUCAAGCUAAUUUUUGAUGUAAUACCUAUUGGAAUAAAUUACCCUUUUUUCACUUACUAAGUCCUCAGAGUGCAUCUCUUUACUUUUGUUUAUAUAUCUUCAAUGCGGGAUUGCACUUAGGCUAAAUUGGAUUUACAUGAAAGGGUGAGUGCCAAGAAUAUAUAUAUUUUUUUUUUGUGUGUAUGUAUGUAUAUUUAUUUUAAUCGUGUUCAAGUAGAGGUUGUAGCCGUAUUAGUCCAGUGAUGUAGAUGUAAAAAACAGAUAAAAUUCGUAUCUUGUAAUACCUUUUUUAUUAGACUAACAGAAUAUUUUAAUGACCAGCUUUCGGGAGAACCUCCCUUUCUCAAGUCUGAAGCAUUUCUGAGCAAAUUUUUUUUUUAAAGGUGAUACUCCAAAACAGCUUGGUUGUGUUUAACUGCAGUUUGCAUUUUUCUUAUUUAUUGCACCAACACAUAUUAUAUACCCUCCCAUAAUUAGCAAUAAUAACAUGUGCAUAAUAUGUUCAGCUUGGAAAAAGUAAUUCAAAAUACAUUUUUGUCGUGAUUUACAUUGAACAUAAUAUACAUAGGAUUUCAGUUUAUUUUGAAAGUUACAGGUCACAAAAUACAAGGAGUAAAAUAAAAUUCCCAUCUGAAACUAUUUUGGAUGUUUGUAUGUUUGUCUUGUAAGCUUAAUAGCUAUCACAGAAAACAAAAUUUCCCCACAGCAGUAUAUAGUUAUAUAAAGUAGACAUCACACGCUAUAAAGGUUGACACUUUUUUUCUUAGCCAUUUCUCUGCCAAAUUCUGCUAAAUAAUGCAGUAAAUUUGUGCUUUUUCUAUUUUUUUGACAUACACACGUAACAAGGUUUUUUUUUUUGUUUUUUUUUUAUGUGUAUUUCUUAAAGCUGGUGUGUGCUAAGCCCCAUAUUGUGUUCAGCUGCAUCUGCUAAGUACAACAAUACUCCUAUUUUGUGCCGUUGUUACUAUUAUGUGAAGCUACAAUGCCAGGCAAUUUCAGUUUCUAUGGUUAGAAUUUUCAUGGAUGGAUUUGAGGCAUUUUAGCAGUUUGACUGUUCACAUAAGGAUUUCCUUUUGAGAAAGCAGACACUCCAGGUUAUCUUAUAGUGUAUAUUUUGCCUUAAAUUGCCACCAUUCUUUCACCAAUUUAUGUCAAAGUUUGUGCUGGAAAAUGGCAUUUUGUACAUGUUGCAUUUUUCCUGGGUAUUAUGUACAUUUAUGUGCCACUGUCCUAAAACCCUCAAAUUAUGCUCAGCUACAUCUUCUGAGUGUAACAAUAUGACCAAUAUAUGAUGUAGUCACUUUUGUGAAGUUACAGUGCUGUAAAAGAGACGUGACAAUUUCAGGUUUUGAAGUGUGCAUUUUCAUAGAUGGUUGUGAUGGGUCCUUGUUCCUUUUUGAAGCAUUUUAACAGGUUGCUUUUUCAAACUACCCCACAAAGGCAUACGAUUUCUUAAAGAAGACAUGCCACGGUAGUUCAAAAGUCAUAUUUAGCUUUUUUGCUAGCGUGCACUGUGUAGUGGUAAUAAGAAAAAAAAAAUUCUGCCUUUUUAGCAAACAAUGAGUUUUUACUGUAUAUUUUGCUAACUGUAUGUGUGCUACGCCAACAUAACAAUUCAUAUGUUGCUCAGCUAUGUGGUCUGAGUACAGCAUUAUUCUCCAGUAUGUACCUUUGCCAGGUAUAUGGGGACGACGUAGGCGCACAUUUCAGACAUCCUUUUCAUUUUAUUAUUAUUUUUAUUUAUUUUUUGCCCAUUUUAACAGGUUGCAAAUUCAAACUACCCCAUAAAGGCAUACCAUUUCCUAAAGAAGGGUAUUUCAAAUGGCAUAUUUUGAACGUUUGCAUUUUUUCGCUAGUUUAUACCCAGUGUAGUCUCUUUAACGGUUAACCCCUAACUAGCCUAACCAUAAAUUUCCCACUUCCACCCAGCCUAGCUUAAUAAAUACAUUUAAAAUAUUUAAAUAACUAAAUUUAACCCUUGAGGCUCCCCCUGCAGCGAUCAGAGUCAAAAUUACAUAAAUGUACUUUUAUAAUGAAAUUGGAAUAAAUCAUCGGAGUGCUAUAUGGAUAAUUGCUACUAUAUUUAUGCUGACAAGCACUGAGCAUGGUAUAGGUUUGUAUAUAAAGUGUUUGAUUUUUUUUUUUUUCUUGGAAAAGAUAAGUUUCUUUCCAUGCCUGUUUAGUGAAUGGGGAGUCACUGAUUGACUGAGAGUGUCAGCUGCCUGCUCUCACUUAAUCAGCAGCUCCCUUGCCCGGUGGCACUCCACGCUUCCUAAAUCUAAGAUUUCAAAAGCCGGAUACCGCUGGGAGGGGCUUAUAUAGACGCUGGAGGCAACUUCGGGGGUUAAACCGCUCAAAGAAAAGUUUUAACCAACGAAGGUAAGAAUUCGCCUGGAGGCGUUCUGGCACAAUAAUUACUUGUUACUUACUUCUUGUCUACAUGCUCUUAUUUCAUGCUUAUCAUAUUUUUUGCGUGAUUGCUUUUGUUGUCUGCUCUUUUCUUUUUAAUAUCUUGAAGAUUAAUGCUUUAUGUUCUCUCCCAUUCAGAUGGCAGGAAUGCCUCUCUCAGGGCCACCACCAUCUACUACUCUAGGACUUGGGUUCCCAUUGGGUUUGACAUCUCGUAUCAAUUCUGACUCUGAAGGCAGUAAGCCGCAACAGGUAAUCUCAUUAUUUAUUCAAGCUGACAGCCGUCCAAAAGUAAACUAGAUCUGAAUACAUUUUUGUCUUCAUAUUUGCUCAAAAUAUUCAGACUUAGUAUUGUCUAAUACCGAUAUAUUUUUUCCACUAUUCAUAUGUCGCUUAUUCUUACUUAAGAUAUUUCUAUUUUCCAGGCUACUCUUCUUGAGCAAGAUAGCUCCACCACACGUUCUUUGCUUCUCCCUAGAGGUAAUUUUCCAGAUUCUGUUGUUCAUACCUUGUCACCUUUUUGGCAUUUUUUUCACAUCGGUUUAUUUUGUGUUUAGGAAACCUUCCCAUUGCAUCCUCCAUACCUCCACUGCUGCCCACUAUCACCCGACCCCGUGUAAUCAACCAGCCACCUACUGAAGAGUUGAGAGAGGUGAGUUGCUCUUGCUUUAGACAAUUGGAACAAAUUUCUCUGUAUAUAAGGCAAAUAUUUUUUCUGAUACUGUUUGUAUCAUAUAAUUCAGUAACAAUGCGCAAUACUGUUGAGGACGCUUUUGAUGAAAAUUUGUUUAAACCCCUAAAAAGUUACAGCCACUAGGCAUUCUGCGUCUGGUCCUUUUAAGAAGUUCCCUAGAACGCACCUAUUUAGGAAAUACCUAAAGUAGGAUCCUGACGAAAGUUCCUUAGAGAACUGAAACGUUGGUCUUCUGUGGUAGAUGCCUGAAUAAAAGCUUUUUUCACAAUAUUUUUGAAAUCCUUGGAGUGCUAUCAUUAUUUAUUUAUAUAUAUAUAUAUAUAUGUGUGUGUGUGUGUGUGUAAAAAUGUCCAGUCCUUGCACUCAGAUGUAUACACAGCAGUACUCUGCAAAUAUAAUUGCCGGGUGCAAUAAAUAGCCACAACCAAAAAUUAUAUACAAAGUGUAAAUAUUGGCCAGCACUCACGGUCUUGAAGUAAAAUGGUACUUUAUUGAGAAAUCUUAAAAAUCGACGUUUCAGCCCACGACCAGGGCUUUCAUCAGGAUCAACCCAUUAAUGAUGAAAGCCCCGGUCGUGGGCUGAAACGUCGAUUUUUAAGAUUUCUCAAUAAAGUACCAUUUUACUUCAAGAUCGUGUGUGCUGGCCAAUAUUUACACUUUGUGUGUGUGUGUGUGUGUGUGUGUGUGUGUGUAUAUGUAUAUGUAUAUAUAUAUAUUUAUAUAUAUAUAUAUAUAUAUAUAUAUAUAUAUAUAUAUAUAUAUAUAUAUAUAUAUAUAUAUAUAUAUAUAUAUAUACACACACACACAUUAUAUAUGUGUGUAUAUAUAUAAUGUAUGAAUGUAGAUAUAAAAAAUAUAUAUGUAUUUGUAUUUCUUUUUAUAUAAUAAAAAAAAAUAAAAUCUAAUUUCUUUCUUUUAGUCUGAUGAUUCAUCAACUGGUCCUAAGAUUCCACAGGUACUUGAGAAGAUUCUUCAACUCAAAGAGAUCAGGCAAGAAGAGAUGGUUUCUAUACCUGUGACUACAGGUAACAAACUAUUAACAUUUGCUUCCGUUUUAAGAUGUAUUUACUUAUUGAAGAGAUUACUUUUUUUUUCUCCUUCCUCUUUUCUUUUCUAGAUUGCUUAGGUGGCUUUAUUCAAAUUGUCGUGGGUUUUUUUUUUUUUUUAACCUUUAUUUACAUAUUCAGUGACAAUAUCAAAAUCAUUAAUGUUUGUUGAUGUGAGAUGACUUCCUUUUUCACAAGACUUUAAAUAUUCUAAAAUCAGAAUCUUAAAAAUCUUUCUGUAGUGUACUCCAUUCUCAUUUUACCCUGCACAGCUAAUGCAGUGUGUGGAAAAUUGUGUAGUUGAAUGAGCUGCUUAAGGUCUGUGUAAGUGUAUAGCUAUUUGUGUAUGUGUUGCUUUCUAACCCUUCAAGACAAGUCCAUGUAAUAGUCCAUGAAAAGUCUUAAAGGGACACUAUAGUCACCAGAACAACUACAGCUUAUUGUAUUUGUUCUGGUGAGUAUAAUCGUUCCCUUCAGGAAUUCAUGUAAAUUUACUUUGCCCCCUCGGGAUACCUCCAGUGGCCACUCCACAGAUGGCCACUGGAGGUGCUUCCUAGGGCAGUGCUGCACAGUGUGCAGCACUGCCGUUCGGCGUCUCCCUGCUCUGCACGGAGACACAGAAUUUUCCUUUAUAGAGAUGCAUUGAUUCAGUGCAUCUCUAUGAGGAGGUGCUGAUUGGCCAAGCCGAGGUUUGGCCUCGUUACACCUCCUUGCCCAAUUUCAGGCAAUCCAAUGCUUUCCCAUAGCAUUGGAUUGGCUAAAUAUUAUGAAUUCUUGCGGACUGAGGGCAUGGCCAACGCUGGCAAGUCUGUGUGGUGCUGGAAAUAAGGUUAUUUUUAAUUUAUUUUUUUUACUUUUUAAGGGGGGUGGGGGCGUAAGCCACCGAAAUGGUGGUUAUAACACUAAAGGGUCAGGAAUACACGUUUGCUUUCCUGACCUUAUAGUGUUCCUGUAAGUUCCAGGUUACAUUUUCAAACCCAGGUCUAUGGAGUGGAUGGGACAAUUGAUGACUGCUCUCUUUCACAUAUGAGAGAUGUGUAGGAUCCCAUAACAAAUUUAUAAAUUGUUAGUGUGUAGUCUAAUUUACUGGUACUUUUUUGUUUUAAUGGUGAUUAAUCAAACAGUGCCUGAGCUUUACUACAUUUACUCCCCUCCCCGGCGCCCCCAUAAAAUUUGGUUCAAAAGCCUGCCGUUUAAUAUAUAAAAAAAAAAUUGUGUAUAUUUCUUUUCGUAUUAUAAAUGCUUAUUUCCUUCAUUCUCAGAAGAGGAAGAUGAUAUGGACUAUAAUCAGGCAUACACAGCUUCUGAAACAGAAGAGGAAAGCACUGCCCCAUCUAAAAAGGAGGUAAGAAUACUCCUACAUAUGCUCAAGCUACUGUAUAAUAAGUGGAAGAUGGUGGCAGACAAACGGAUUAGGAGGAUGUGAUGAAGUACACAUUAUCCUGCACAUAGUGGAAUCUUGAAAAGGAGUUUGCUUAUUGAUUGGGUGAAAAACUGGAUAAUUAAGAGGAUUAUUGUAGUUUGAGAACAUCUUCAAUAAAGGCUCCUAUUUUAUGUAUUCUUUACCAUUGCUUGGUUCAGUAGUUUAAUCCCUGAAACAGUUCUGAACUACUUUGUGAUUUUUUUUGUAUUCUACAAAAAGUGUAGCUUUUAAUUGAAAUUGUCACUUUCAUAAAUUUUACAUACCCUGGCUGUCAGACAACCAGUCCUGUUAUUGUUGCUUAGCUCAGUAGAACUAAACUGAAGAGAAAGGCAAUAGCUCAGAGCGCCUGCCUUGCAAAGGCUUCUUUUUUUUUUUUUUAAAGAUAUAUUCACCAAACGAAAAAUCCAUAAUUAAAUGCAUCCAUGUUUUCAUAGGGAGCAUAUCUACCAAACGAUUAGAAAAAAAUUGGGGUUGACAUUUUGGAAGUAGUGUCCCUUUAAAGGAAUACUACAGCAUUUGGAAUACAAACCUGCAUAUUUUUUUUACUAUAUAGUGCCCCUGUCCUUGGUUAGAUAAAGGUGUCAUCAUCUUCCCCGUGUGCACUAAAAAUGUAUAAAAUUUAACUAUUGCUCCCCUUUGUUCAACGCUGAGGCUCUCUCUUCCCUUUUUACUUCUCUGCCUCCCAUGACAUCAUUGAGGAGGCAUGGUAGUGGUCCAAUACAAUGCUCCCCUUAGAUGAGCAUUGGGGACCUGAUGCUCAUGCGUGGUGAGCAAUCCAUGCUUUAUCAUAGGAAAGCCCUUUUGUGUUGUUACUUUGGACUCUGUUAUUUCAACUCUGUGCAAAAAUCACAAUUGGCAUUAGCGCACUGGCAAUAGAUGUAGUCAGCUUUUCCUUGCAGGCAAAGCUUGCAAGGGGAAAACUUUAUCUCCCUUCCCAACCUGCCUCCAUAUGCCCUUAACUCCUCACUCACUUCACUUACUGGCUCAGAGCAUGCGCAUGCAGUUUGAGCCACUUAAACAGUCCAAGAAGCGUUUGAUUGGACAUUUUCCAACUGCCAAGACGUCAUGUGGGGAAGUUGAAUGCCGCGCUAGGAGCUUCGCCUAAUGCUGGAUUUCAGGUAAGUUAUACUUAAUUUUUUCGAGUCAUUUUAGGGUUGAAGGGACAGGGAUAACAAGGUAUUAUUCGUUAAAAAGAGAAUAAAGGGUUGUCAUAUUCAAAAAAAAUUUUAUCCUUGAAAGUGCCCUAGUGUCCAUAUGUUUUAUGGAUGACUGAUCUUUAAUAUUGUUGAGAAACAAAUGUCAAAUUACACUUGCAUAUUUUCACACCUAGAAAAAAGGUCGCAGACGGAGGAACCGAAAGAAACGAACACGCAGAAAGACAGUCAUCUCACAGCCGGUAGUUGUCGAAGAGAUGAAUGAGGCAGCUGAGGCUGUUGUUGAUUCUGCAACAGGGAAGAUUGAGAUAGAGUAUGUAACAGAGGAACCAGACAUCUAUGAUCCCAACUUUAUCUUUUUCAAAAGAAUUUUCCAAGCUUUUAAGGUAUGAUGAAACGGUUUUGUAAAGGUAAUAACAUGUGCAUCAUAGAGGUAUAUGUCCUUUUGUACAUAAGUCUGUGGACGUCUCUUAAGACUGCCUGAAGAGCACAGGAGUUAGAUUAAUUUGUGAGGAUAGUGGGAUUUGUAAUCUGACAUUGUAAUGACGAUUGUUUUCCCUCCUUAACUGGUAGGUGGGUGUCCAUACAUCAGUCCAAGGGAAUGAUUCAGAGAUUUCACUAAAGUUAUGAACUGCCAGCUUUGGGACUUUACGACUUCUGAAAGUAUGGCAAAAGUAUAGAUUUGGGUUUGAGAAGUGCUGGGUAUUUUUGAGGUUGUUGUUUUGGGUCUUUCUAAUCUAUAGCUUUAACCUAAUAUAUCAUCCUGUUAAUGAAGAGGUUUGACUUGGAGAAUGGCAACAUGUGAUGAUUCGUGUACUCUACAGCUCACAGAUGAUGUUAAGAAAGAAAAAGAGAAGGAACCCGAGAAGGUGGAGAAGAUUGAACCAGCUGCCCCCAGAAAGCGUUUUGAAGAGGAACAGAUGGACAGUGAUAGUGAUAGUGAUGAAGAGGUGUGUAAAUUAAUAUACAUAAAAUCUCCUAAACUAAAGAAUAGUUUUUUUGUUUUCUUCUUAAUGUAGCAUUUACAUUUAUUUGUAGAAAUGUAUGUAUUUGUUUCUGAUCCUUGAGUUUUAGUUAUGCUUUUUUUCUUUUUUUUGAAGCACCCUGUUUGAGUCAAAUCAUUUUUCAAACCAUUUAAUAUAAUCUGGUUUCUGAAAGAAAGUACAGCUUGGUGCACUGGGAAUGCUAUUUAUUCUUUUAAAAAUAUUUUUAACCAUACAAAUGUUUUUUGAAACCACACAAACAGGUGGAAGGAGCUUACAGAUAGUUUUCACCAUAAUCACUUCAAUGAGCUGUAAUAGUGCUUAGCAUUCCACUUUUCUAACUGGUGUUAAUAUGCCAGAGAUCCACUAAUCCAAUUUAUAAAUCGAUGUGUUUCUUUUCAGAACAAGAAGUUGGAUGCUCCCAAACUGUCGAAGAAAAAGUUGAGGAGGAUGAAUAGAUUUACAGUUGCUGAACUAAAGCAGGUAAUGCUGCCAAGUUAUGAAUUUUUUUUUUUUAAAGAAACCGUACAUGUUUUAUUUCUGAUUUAUUAAAAAAAUAAUCGGUUUUAUAACAUACAUUGAUGUGAAUUGUACAAUAUAUAUAUUAACUGCUUCGUUUUAUGCUAUGAUUGUGGGAAUUUCUGUUUGCUGUUUUGAGCCCUGUGUGCGGUGCCAGUAGGUGUUAUUUGGUGGACACUUUUCAUAUACUAUUUAGUUGUUGUAGAGGUGUGUAGGGUUUCUUUUUUGUGGUCUGUGAUGCAAUGUAAGGCCUGUGGGAAAUAUUAAAUCUUAAAUAUGAGAAUUUCUGAAGUACAUAUCUAAAAUAAUGUGAAUUCAUAUAAAUUGCUGUGACAGUGAAGGAAUCAAAAGAUUAGUUGAUGGCUUUCUUUCCUAUAUUGACAUUGCUGGACAAUCCAUUCGUUAUAAUCAUUCUAUCCCCGUGCUUCCAUAAACCUUCUUAUUUUUUCUUAGUUGGUAUCAAGGCCAGAUGUAGUGGAAAUGCAUGAUGUCACUGCUCAAGAUCCUAAACUCCUUGUCCACCUGAAGGGCACACGUAAUUCUGUCCCUGUUCCUCGUCAUUGGUGCUUCAAACGUAAAUAUCUGCAAGGAAAAAGAGGUAUUGAGAAGCCCCCUUUCCAGCUUCCUGAAUUCAUCAAGAGAACAGGCAUUCAGGAAAUGAGAGAAGCUCUUCAGGAAAAGGUGAGCAAAUGGGAUUCAUGUUAUUGUAUUUAGUAGUUAUUAAAAAUAUAUAUAUUUUUAUGAUUUAUCUGUUGUCAUUUUCCUAAAUUCAGGAGGAACAGAAAACCAUGAAAUCCAAAAUGAGAGAAAAAGUGCGACCAAAGAUGGGAAAAAUUGACAUAGAUUAUCAAAAACUUCAUGAUGCUUUUUUCAAGUGGCAAAGCAAGCCAAAGUUGACAAUCCAUGGAGACCUGUACUACGAGGUGAAAGAAUUCAGAAAACUUAUCUGGUCUAGUGAGAUUUAUUGUUUAAGUGAACUAUAUGUCUACAUUUGGUUUUUACCCACCCAAUGUGGUGAGGUUGGGUAAUCUUAAAAUCCUUAAUUUAGUUGGUCUUAAUAAAAAAAAAAAUGCUAAUUGCAGCUGCAUCAAAUCCUGGGAGUUUAAAGCAAGCUAAGGAUGUUUAAACAUUAGUUAAUAUUUUAAAUGUGUACAUAUAAAACAUUUUAAUCCAGAUAUUAUAUAAUGUUUUAAUAAUGAGUGUCAGCUCCAGCAUUGUGUCCCUUUAUGGAGCAAAGCAUGUUCAGUUACGUGCUGAAUAUCUGCCACUUACCCAGCUUGCAUUGUUUUCAGGGAAAGGAAUUUGAGACCCGAUUGAAGGAGAAGAAACCAGGAGACCUUUCAGAUGAAUUGCGCAUCGCUUUGGGAAUGCCUGUUGGACUUGUGAGUUUAUAUGAGGACUACUUUUCAGAAUUUUAUUCAAUUCUAAACACUUGGUUGUGAUACAGUUAAAGAUAUAUUUCUAUUCGGUGUAAAUGGGCCCAAUUUUCAACCAAUUCUGUUUAACUGUAAUCAAAUUAUUUUGUAGUGCAAAAAAUUCAAAUGUUUGAUAACUUGUUGAGCAUAAUUAAAUGUCUCUUGAUACUGUACUUAUCUGAGAUGUUAUUUUUUUACUUUUCAUAUAUGUAUUGUUUUUCACACUUUUUAAAAAUUCUCUUUUAGAACUCGCAUAAAGUGCCUCCUCCCUGGCUCAUUGCAAUGCAGAGAUAUGGACCACCACCUUCUUAUCCAAACCUCAAAAUCCCAGGCCUGAAUUCUCCGAUUCCAGAUGUGAGCCAUGUCUUCUGUCACUCUAUCCUUAAAAAAAAUAUAUUUUCAUUUCAUACUCUUAUCGCUCAUUCUAGCCUAAGUCACUAAUAUUCUUCCACAUUGGCCAUAUAUAUAUAUAUAUAUAUAUAUAUAUAUAUGUAUAUGUAUAUAUAUUUUUUAUUUAUUUAUUUAUUUUAUUUUUUCUUCUAGGGCUGCUCCUUUGGCUAUCAUGCUGGUGGCUGGGGAAAGCCUCCCGUAGAUGAAAUGGGAAAACCGCUCUAUGGAGAUGUGUUUGGGACAAACGCAUCAGAUUUCCAGGUGAGUAGGGUUUCUUUAUUCAAACUGCAUUGGUCCAUUCAUGUCACUGUUGUGUUUUCAAGGACCUCACAUAUAUUUUCACUGUUAUUCACUAAAGUGUGAAUUGUUGGGAAUUAAAACUUUUGGUCACAAUAGCAAAAUUAGACUAUCCAAGUCAGCAAUUUUCUUCAUGAUUGCAGGAUUUUCUAUAUAUGAUCUUUUGCAAUGCUGUGUCUGACAAACAUUUGAAUACAUCUUCUUACAAACAGAAGUUUGUUGAUUUUUACUGUAUAAAAAUAUCUGCAAACAUUUCAUGUUUUACAUGACAAUAUGCCCUUUUAUAAUGUAAGUAAAUGAAAAUAAAAUUUAUACAUUUUAGUCUGAAGCCCAAGUUAAGUCUGAAAACAUUGUACCUGUAUAUUUUAAUACAACCUGUAUAUUGGAUUAUAAAUCCAAACUUAUACUUUUUAACUGACUGUAAAGCACAAAGACCCGCAAUCAUGAUUUUGCAGUGAGUUGGAUGCGGGGUGCAGGGAAAGGUGAGUUUUACUUACAUGAACAUGACAACCCACAAUUGUCUUCCUGCUGGCCCUCUUCAGCUCCAGGCUCUUCAUCUCUAGGAGCCAGCAUCAGUACUGUACUGUCGCAUAUGCUCAAUAGUACAACACUGAUGUACAUGGAGAAUGUGGGAAUCUCCAUAAGCAGUCUUUCUCCUGACAAUUUUACAAAGCUUGACAGUGGUAGCUCUGCCUUCUUGCCAAGCAAGUCAGUGAGAUUUCAACACAAUCUUUCUGAAAUGCUCAUUUUUGUGGGCGGGGUUGACAGAGCUCCUUUAGCACUAAAGAGUUUGACAUGGCUAUUGUUUGAUUUUGUCUACAGAGCAAAAAUGAGGAGGAGGAUAUUGAUCGGACCCUUUGGGGAGAGCUGGAACUCUCUGAUGAUGAAUCCUCAUCUGAAGAAGAAGAAGAUGAGAGCGAUGAGGAUAAACCAGAUGAGACCGGUUUUAUUACACCUGCUGAUAGGUGAGCUCAUGGAGUCGCUGAAAUAAUUGCUGUAUGGCUAUAAAGCAGCAUUAGCGGUUACAUUACUUAUAUUCUUAACAAGACUCAACAUUUCCCUCAUCACCAGCCCUUGCAAGUAGAUAUUCAUCCCUGGUGGGUAUGAUAUGGCUUGCAGUUUCAAUUACCUUUUAAGACCUGACCAGUAGCACAGGACUUCUGGCAUUAAGCACUGCUUAUAGUUUUUGUCUUCUGCAUUUGUGCUACAUUUAUGGGAUUAUAGGAUUUGUGUAAACUAAUAGCAUAUGUGAAAUCCGCACUACCUAUAUUCUUAGUGCACUUGACUCAAACAGUGGUGCAUGCAGCGUGCUUUUCCUGUAACUGUGUUGUACAUAUUGCUUUUACUAUUAAGGUAAUCUGGAAAUAGAAUUAUGUUUACGGAUAUCAUGCCUCACUCUAAAUAGUACUAUGGUUGAAAAUAUUGUGGGAAACAAAAACAAAAAAAAGACUGUUUGUUUUACCCAGUUUUGUAUUUGUUCGCCAAGAAUAACAGAGGUCUUUAUUUUAGGGGUUUAAUUUAUUUAUUUUUUCAUUUACAGUGGUUUAAUUACCCCAGGAGGAUUUUCUUCUGUGCCUGCUGGUAUGGAGACCCCAGAACUGAUUGAGCUGAGGAAAAAGAAGAUUGAGGAGGCCAUGGAUGGGUAAGAACAGCUGCUAUCCUUACUGUUUUGCCUCCAUCUAGUAUAUAGGUUUGCAUCCAUGUGCCAUGUGCCUGCUUUUGCCUCUUCCGUAGGCCUUUGCCAUUGAAAGUUUAGCUGCUGCUAUAAGAUGAUAUGAUUAGGAGGAUAAUAUCAUGUGAUCGGUUUGAGGCUGAAAAAGACAUUGAGGGCAUGUACCCACUUAGAACAAUCAAUUUAGUUUACAACAAACUUAAAUUCCAGUCUUCAUAUAAAUAAAAUAUAACCCUUAUGUUGAUUAAAGAUAAAAUAAUCAUCCAUAAAGUAUAAACUAAAAUGCCAUAUCGCUACAGAAUAGGUAUUGGAAUCAGAUACAUUUUCAAUUAUAUUUGUAUCACUCAGUAAUCUCCAUACCUGUUAAGUAGCCCCUAUCAUUUGUGUUAUAACCUGUACUUGGUGUAACUCUUGAACCUUCGAAACUAAUAAAGAUAGGUAGGAGAGCAUAAACAACGAGAGUCCGAUAAAUAUAAGCAAGAAAACGGAGGGAGAGCAAACUCCUCUAUUGACUGUUCUGUGCUUUUGUGGGCACCUAAUCGAAGAUCCCCUUACCCCCCUAAGUCUAGCUAAAUCCUGAGGCUACAAAAAUCACUCUGUGAGCAAUUGGGAAAAGGGAAAAAAAAAGUGAAUCUCAACAUACGUGCAAGUGCAAAAUAUAAAAAGUUUAAGAAAUAAAAAUAAGUCUCUCGAUGUGACCAGGAAUCCGUUGUGUAGUUAACCAACAUAAUAUCUAGCUGGAAGGCAAAUCUCCGUUCGCAGCAUCUACCCCAUAUCCCCAAGAUGAUCACAGGAGAGCAAACGAAGUCCUGACGCACGUUUUGCCACUAACAACCAGGCUCUUAAAAGGGAACCAAACAAUGCUAGCAGAGGAGUUUAACCCCUUAAGGACACAUGACGUGUGUGACAUGUCAUGAUUCCCUUGUAUUCCUGAAGUUUGGUCCUUAAGGGGUUAAAUAGAGGGGAGGAUGCGCCCAAUUGCAUAAUCGACGAACCUAUUGAAAUCCUCCACGUCAUACCCAUACGUAGAGCAAGAAAUCAUCAUUGCUAACAGGAGAUCGAAAGCUCCAACCUGUCCUCAAACCAAUUUGCUCACCGAUAUAGUAGUUGGAAGGAAAGGGGGCAUAUGAACUAAGUAGUCACUUUUAUCAUUGGAAAAAUCAAAUAGAACUUAAUCCAAUUUAACUCCAUAUAGUUUACCAUUAAAAUCAAGGUGUCCUUAUUGGGAGUUAGAUGAUUGAAAAAGGGAAAGUAAAGACAACUGACACUUAGUUGCUAAUUCGAUGACAACAUCCACGAUCUGAUGUGAAAGUGUUGCCACUGUGAAUCGCAAUAGAUUAGCUGUACUACAACAGUGAGGCCGUAGUCUUAAACUUUUGUCUAGCGCUGCUUACCGUACCUUCAACAACUACUACAACAGUUGUGAUAGUCUCAUGUCUUUUGGUUUAUGCUACUUUUCUUCAAAUGUUCCAGCUACAGAUAUGACAUUUUGUUUUCUUAAAUAUUACUUCUUAAAACUGGUGUUUAUAUCUCAAAUGCCAUGUCUGUGUUACAUUAUGUUGGCAAUGCUUGUGCUUGUCUAUGCUGUCGUGGCAUAACAGGCAUCUUGUACUUGUCUGCACAAAUAAAAUAAAGAAUUAAAAAAAUGUAAUUAAAAUCUCCUGUAUAUGCAGUGUUUCAAUCUGAUACUCUGCACAUACAGACUUUUUCCAACUUGACCAUUUCAAAUCACUGAAGAGAGCCAUGAUGGUUCGAGUAACCUUUGAAUUGAGUCAAUACUCAACAUUGUCAUAAUCAAUGAUAAAACAGCUUUUUGACAUUUUAUAUUUUAUUUUUUUUAUUGCAUUUGACAUUGUUCUAAUGUUUUAUUACUUUGGCGAUCGUGCUCAGCUUGUUGACCUAGUCCUUCUGCUUCUCUGUGCCUGGUAGGAUUCAUUAUCCAACUCUGAUUGUAUUUUUUAUUUUUUUGAAAAUUAAAUUUCCAAAAUAUAAAUGUAAUUUGUUAGUGGCAUAUCUAUUUGUAGCCAGAAACACCUAAAAACACUAAGUUUUGGUGUAACUGAGUUUUGAGUUCGCUCCACCUGUGUGUAAAGAAAGUGUUGCAUGAUCUGACAAAUACAUCUGUUACUGGAAUAAACCACCCUGAAAUUCAGAUUAAUUACAUGUUGCACCACUACAUAUUAUGGAAAUGUACAAAUGUAGUGAAAUUACUGUGUAUACUAAUAUAAACUAAAGCAUAUGUGCCUAAAUAAAACUCCCUUUAAAGGAACACUAUAGAGUUAGGAAUGCAAACUUGUUCCCAAGGCUAUAGUGUUCCCCUACCUAUAUUGGUAUCCACUUCCCCCUUGCAGAUGUUUAGAGUAAAUUUUAUUUAUCUUACAUCCCACAGUACGCUGGUCUUGGUGCUGCCUCUCUGAUUGAGAUAAUCAAGAUUGGUGAUUUCACUUAAUCCAUUGGAAGGCUUAUGCACAAGCAUGGCAAAACAGUGUGCUACUUCAAUCAAAUGCUCUCAGUGAAUCAUUUCCGCUAUAAAAGAGUGUAAUUUUCUUAAAGCUAUGGAAACUCCUCUAGUGGCUGUCAACCUAAGAGCCACUGAAGGCAUGUUAACCCUGUAGUGGAAGCAUUGCUGUUGAUGCCAAAUGGCAAUGUUUUACUUGAAGGAUUAAAGGACCACUCUAGGCACCCAGACCACUUCAGCUUCAUGAAGUGGUCUGGGUGCCUGCUCCAGCUAGGGUUAACCAAUUUUUUUUAUUUUUUUUAUAAACAUAGCAGUUUCAGAGAAACUGCUAUGUUUAUAAAUAGGUUAAUCCAGCCUCUGAAGCCUCUAGUGGCUGUCUCAUUGACAGCCGCUAGAGACAUUUGUGUGCUUCUCACUGUGAAAAUCACAGUGAGAAGACGCAAGCGUCCAUAGGAAAGCAUUAUGAAUGCUUUCCUAUGAGACUGGCUGAAUAGGCGCGCAGCUCCUGCCGCACAUGCGCAUUCAGCAGAGGAGGAGGAGAGCUCCCCGCCCGGCGCUGGAAAAAGGUAAGAUUUUUAACCCCUUCCUCUCCCCAGAGCCCGGCGGGAGGGGGACCCUGAGGGUGGGGGCACCCUCAGGGCACUAUAGUACCAGGAAAAAGAGUAUGUUUUCCUGGCACUAUAGUGGUCCUUUAAACAGACAGGAACAUGGCACCAAUCUCUUACCAGCAACAUAUUAGAAAUGUAUUUAAAUUGCCAUGCUUCAGAUUAUGUUACAGAAGUCUCUAAAUUAAAAUUAAUCUACAUUAAGUGAAACCAAUAAACCUGUCAGUCAUAACUUUGUGUUUAGUUUUCCAUGCCAUUGAUAAAUUCCUUUGAUUUCUUGCAGAACGGAAACGCCUCAACUCUUUACUGUACUUCCGGAGAAAAGAACAGCUACUGUUGGAGGGGCCAUGAUGGGUUCCACUCACAUCUAUGAUAUUACAACGGUAAGAGAAGGUCAUCUUUAGUGACAAAUAGGAAUGGUAGAAAUGUAUGAGGAAUUUGGUUCAUCCAUAGAUUGUUGUUUUUUUUUUUUGUGUGGGAUUGAGGUGAAUUAAUUCAGAAGUUCUUUCUUCCCAUCUUCACCGCCAAAUUGGUGAACAACACCUUAACAUUUGUUAAUGUUUCAUAUUUUAACAGGCAAUGUCACGAAGAGGGGCCCCCACUGAACCGCAAGGUGUGGAAGUGGCUCUUGCUCCUGAAGAAUUGGAAUUGGAUCCAUCUGCUAUGACUCAGAAAUACGAAGAAAGAGUAAGGGAAGCACAGGAACAAGUUCAAAAAGAAGACUUCAGUGACAUGGUGGCUGAGCAUGCAGCCAAACAGAAGGUAUUGAUAUAUGUAUCUGCUUCAGCUAUCGCUAUCCACUAUUUCUUUAUACAAUUGCACAAUCCAAAUACUGUACUUUUAUUCGACCAUUACCAUCAUCUCUGUUCUCACCCAUUUGCACCAUAUUUGUUUAACUUCUCCAUAGUACACUACUACUUAACAUAUGCCUUCAUGAAUAGUGUCUUCUCCUGUAAACUCAGCAAUUCAUGUACACUUUCCUACGCCAUAAUUGACGAGUCCUUCUCAGUAGAACACGUCUGAACGCAUUAGCUUCCUUUUUUUUUUUUUAUUCCCUCCUGGUCAAUUUGUCUUGUCAUUCUUUUGUCCUUACCCCAAUUGUUAAAUAAUUUUAAUCUAGUUUGAUUCCAUCAAUUUCUGUUGUCUGCUUAGUGGCUUUAUGUUGGUGAAUACCUAAUCACCGUAAACAUGGUAUAAACAAUUUAGAAUAAGUUGAUAUGUGACUUUAUAAGUGUCUGAUUUUGUAUAUCAAACAAUUCAAGCGAGUGAUUUCUAUCCUAAAUUUAUUUAAGUAUAUGUAAAAUGGGAUCUUGUACAUUUUACAAUUUCCACCUACAUCACUAUGCAAUGUUAUACUUCCAUGUUAAUUAGGUCAAUCAUGUAUAAUUAUUUACAAAAUAUAUAUUUGUUAAUAUUCACCUUGUAGCAAAAGAAGAGGAAAGGACAGCCACAGGACUCCCGUGCAGGAGGCAAGAAAUAUAAAGAGUUCAAGUUCUAAAUUUGUACAUCAUCUCCGCCUUCCUUCCAUACCAUUCGUUUUAUUUUUAAACUGUUCUGUAUGUUUUGAUUUUUUUUUUCCCAUUGGCAAAAGAAAAAUGAUUAAUUGCUGUAAAAUUUAUUAUAACUUGAUAUUAAAAAAAAAAAAAAGUAUA